AUGCCCCUUCGUUACACACCAUUUACUGGAAACCCUGACCUUAAGUUACCUCCACCAUCUCUUGUCCUCUUCUACUUUCUGUUACGACGACAAACCCUAACAAUCUCCACAACCCUAACCGUCACCAUCAGUGAAGAGGGGACCAUUUGGAGUUGGAAAUCCAUGUCAGGUGGUGAUCGUGAAAUUAGCAAUUUUCAAGAAAAAAUUCGUUUUUACUGUUGGCUGUGGGUGUAUGGAUUUGCAGUUUCAGGUGGUUAUGAGUGUAUGUGCUGCAGCAGCUCAUUCCAAGACACCAGUAAUCGCCAUAUAGCUUUAGCAUGGAGAAAUAGAUCCUUUUGUUUUGCUUUGGACUUUGUUUGGUCAAUAGAUGGAAAAGAAGAGUAUACAUUUUCAGCUGAGCGAAUGUAUGGAGGAUCUUUGCUUGCAAUGUGCUCAAAUGAUUUUAUAUGUUUGUAUGAUUGGUUUGAGUGCAGAUUGAUUCAACGGAUUGAUGUUAAUAACCUAUAUUGGGAUGAAGCGCAAAUUUCUGGCACGUAUAAGAAAAUUACAAGCUUGGAUAUUUUUUUUCUUGUGGAUAAAGCGGCGGAUCAUUUCUUUUCAUGGACUUAGACAUUGAGAGCCGUGAGAUGUGAAUUUGGUGGGUUGGAUAAAAGCAUCAUGUUGAUCACCAAACCUACUUGCAAGUAGGUGCAUAUUCAUUGUAGAUGGUUGCUUUUUUAAUGUUUUAUACACCAUUACAUGUAUUGAAACCAACUGUAAUUUCUAAAAUAUCCAUAAUUGCACUCUAAAAUAAGUACCAACUUCUUUUUCUUUGUUUAUUAUAGAAUCCUACUUUAAAAGUUGGUUGUUAUUCUAAAGUACCAAGAUGAUAUUCCUUAAUCUAUGUUAGUCAACAUCUUUUAUUAUUUCAGGCAUAGAACCUAUGUGAACUUUUUAAUAGAAAAAAUCUGAAUGGGGUUUGUAUUAUGUUGUUAAUGCAGUGGAAAUAUGGAAAAAAAAAAAAAAAAUCUUGUGCUUGCAGCCAUGAAAUGCAUGCCUUAUCUAGG